ACAACCUCCUGCACCAUCUGCAAGACAGUCAGCUGAAGACUUGAAGGUGUGAUCACUGUAACCAUGCUGAAGGAAUUGUUUGUGCUUGGAUGCCUCCUGAGCCUCACUCUGGCUCAACCUAUGGAGCGCAAACGAUUUGCUCGGUCUAUCUCUAGCUCUAACUCUGGCUCUGGCUCCAGGGAGACUAUCAACACCCAGCGCCUGCCCAGUACUCAGCAAUGGCUGGACUUCAUUACUAACUACAUGAAGUUCCUCCAGCAACAAAAAACUACGACUGCAACGACUACACCUACCACCACCACUACUACUACCAAAGCUACUACUACUGCUAAACCUACUACAACUAAAGUUACCACUACUGCUGCAGCUGGAGGUGGUAAAUAAAAUCUGGAAUGUAGUGUGAAGUGUCACCGACCAUUGGAGAUCUGUUUUACAUCCGCCUUGUUUUCUGUCAGUUUGUCCUGACAACUGUUUCUUUCUCUUUUCAAAUUAUGUUACCUUAACCAAAAUGUUUUCACGCACGUCAUUCUAAUUCUAUCAAACAUGUAGAUCACAAUCACUUAAUUCUCUGUAGUAUCUGCCAAAUAAACUUCAUGAAUGGAAAA